ACAAGUGGGGGUUAGAGAAGUGUGGCUGUCUGCUUCCUGCUUCGAGCUGAUGCUCGCUCAGAACAGAGAAGAGAAACUUCCUGGAUCGUAGAGAAUAUUCCGACCGCUGUCCUCUUCGUUUUAGACUUUUGAUGCCGUUACAUGUUGGUUUGUGAGAGGCGUCAUGAGUCGUGGAGCUAAGAGUAAAACAGAGAGCGAUCGAAGCUCUUUGCUGAGCCAACAGGAGAAUGACAUGUUGGAGGAGCUGCUGGGCAGAAGGUGUGCUUCCACAGCCACCGCUGUAGCACAGCUGUUCAUGGCUCUGCCACACAGCCCGUCCACAUGGAGCCUGCAGCACACCGGAGUGGUCUGCUUCGUCAAAGACAACCCUCAGCGCUCCUACUUCAUCCGGAUGUUCGAUUUGAAGGCAGGGAAACGGGUUUGGGAGCAGGAGCUGUACGACCAGAUGGCUUACUUCACGCCUCUGCAAUACUUUCACACCUUUCCUGCAGAUGACUGCCAGGUGGGCCUGAACUUCACGGACCAACAGGAGGCAGACGCCUUCCAGCAUGCUGUCGUGGAGAAAAUCAACCAGCGGAACAGCCGGAUGGAGAAGAAACAGCGCCCCCCACCGACGAACGAUAGAGGAUCCCUACCCCCACUCCCAACCGACAGAGCGCCACCCGGGAGUCCUGGAUCUUUUCACAUGGCCACAGUGGAUAUCCAGAAUCCAGACAUCCAGUCGUCUCGCUAUCGCUCCAUGCCCUCACCCCAGUCAGUCGCCCCCGACAAAGGAAAGAAGAGCAAAAAGGACAAGAAAAAAGUCCCUAAACUCUCCAAAGCAGAUAUAGGAGCACCCAGUGGGUUUAAGCAUGUGUCUCAUGUGGGAUGGGACCCCAACAACCUUGACCCUGACCUGUCAAAACUGCUGUCCCGAGCAGGCAUCGGUGAAACUGAGCUGAGGGAUGAAAACACCUCCAAGCUCAUCUAUGACAUCAUAGAGCAGUCAGGAGGGAUGGAGGCUGUCAAACGGGAGGUGAACCGAGCUCCUCCACCUGCCAGGCAGGGCCCUCUGCCUCCUUUUCCGAGCCCCACUUCCUCUGCCCCGACCCCUCCACCCCCACGAGGUCGCUCUGGUCCCCUGCCUCCCAUCCCAGGCCAGAUACAAAGAGGACCACCACCUCCACAGCCACCUCCAUCUCGUGGAGUCCUGCCACCCCCUCCUCCAAUAGGCCGAAGUGGUGCACCUCCUCCACCACCUCCUGCAUUCUCUACGCCUCCACCGUCUUCAAGGCCCUCUCAUGCCUCACCCCCCUCUCACAGCAUGCCACCUCCCCCGCCACCAUCAUCUCGGUCAAUGGGGGCUCCUCCUCCUGUCCCAUCCACACCCAACAGAGGAGGUGGAGGAGGACCUCCUCCACCACCGCCACCACCUCCACCUUCUCAAUCUUCUAUUCCCUCAGAUUUCCCCCCUCCUCCCCCCGUGUUUAGUGCCCCAUCAACACCAGCUGCAUCCACAGGAGGAGGAAACAGCAGGGGGGCUCUUCUUUCUCAGAUCCAGGAAGGGAAAUGUCUCAGAAAAGUAACGGAGUGCUCUGGGCCACCCACACCCUCGACACCAGACACAGGUGAGGGCAUCGUAGGUGCUCUUAUGAUGGUCAUGCAGAAGAGGAGUAAAGUCAUCCACUCUUCAGAUGAAAGUGAAGAUGAUGGGGCGGAAGACGACGAUGAUGAAGAUGAAUGGGACGACUGAUUCUGAAGUGAUUUUUCAACCAUCACACCAUAAAACUGUUACAUUUGAUGUUUUAUAUCUGUGACCUCAAAGCGUAGUUUAACUUGUAUUAAUGAGAAACUAUGACUGAUUGAGGAAAUAAAAGAGAGAGCAGCUCAAAGGGAUGAACGGUUCUCAUGGGAACA